CCGGAAUGUCAUCAAGCAGCUACCUGCAGGAAAACAUAAAUAUAAUCGAGGAACUAUGCCUGUAGAAGAGUCCGUUUCAACUGAACUUGUAGAGCGGGCUCAAUUGCUCCGAGUAAUGCUUGCAUCGGCAUCAGUAGCAGAACAUCUUUGUGAUGAAAUGGACCGAUGCUUUCCAGUCCUCAAACUGUUAUUAAAAGAAAAGAAACCCGUUAAUGAUAUCUUGGAUAUGUUUCCACACCUGUGUUCAUAUGAAGGAUUGGUGAUUCGUCAAAUGUUUGAGAGAUUGUAUCCUAACAGAACAGAAGGUCUCAAAAUCGAGGAUGUCUUCUCUCAGUGUCUAUCUUAUUCACCGUCCAGAUUCUCUAGAGUAGAAGAUGAUCACAUUCGAGGAUGCUUGAGAAUAAUUUCUCAUAUGCCAAUUCGCGGACAAAAAAGAACGCUGGUAGGCUGUCCAACUGUAGGCGAAGAACAUUCGGCUUCAAUUUUAAUUCGUUGGAUUGGGGAGUGCUUAGAUACAUACGUGGCAUCCCCCGCAACUGAUUCCAAACUACACAUGGUGUGCGUAGCAAGCCCGAUGAAAAGAGGAAAUUAUGCCGUCAUUUGUGAGAAAAAAGUUAUAUUCGAGACUAACAAUUCUAUUCAUGCAGUGGAAAUUUUAUUCAAAUGCUACGCAGUUCUCGGAGUGGAGGUGCCACCUAAUUUUAGAAUGUUUUGGGACUUUCUGGCAUGUGCCAUAUAUAAUAUAAUUCCGCACAGUCAGAGGACAACUGUGAAUAGACUCGUCCAAACUUUUAUUGAAGUUUCCCGCGCACGUAUUGACAACAAAUAAAAGGACAACUUUUUUAUACA